CGAAUGACUGCAUGCAUUUCGGUCGCUGCAUUUAUUCGCCAGUACCAACCGCCAAAAGCACGAUUCCAUUUGCGCGAACGGCCAUAAAUAUAUAAACCAUGAAGUCUAGGCCUAGACUAGUUGCAGAAGGCCUUGUAUAUCACAUACAACGUCAUGGACCGCCUGGCAGUCAUCUUCCUGCUGUUGGCUGUUGGCGCUGUGCACGCGUCCAGCCGCAAGCUGCUUGGGGGCCCGGCGCUGAAACCAUGGCUGUCGCAGCAUGAACAUGUGCUUUUCAUGAGCAUUGAUGGUAUGCACAACGAAGACCUGACCUGGUGGAUCUCCAACAACCCCAACGGCAACUUUGCCAAGCUCGCCGCCAUGGGAGUGACCUACACCAAUGCCCUGGUGGACGGCUUCACAGACUCCAUCCCCGCCUCCAUCUCACUCGUCACAGGCGCCGGCGACCUCACCAACGGCCUCACCUACUCCGGCUGCUACGACCGUUCGCUGUACGCCCCCGGCACCUGCGUGGACGGCAAGCUGCCCAAGACCGCCGCCAAGGGCGUGGUGGUGCACUGGAGCGAGGCCCUGGACCUCGACAGCACCCGAAUCGACGCUGGCGGCGGUCUGAACGAGGCGCUCCUGCCCGAGGACUCCCACUGCAAGAAGGUCUACCCGUGGAUGUACCCGCGCGUCAACAACAUCUUCGAGGUGGCCACCGGGGAGGGUCUGGUCACGGCCUGGUCGGACAAGGAGUACGGCACCUACCAGCUGUACCGCGGCAAGAACGGCGAUGCCGUGACGGACCUGUACACGCCCGAGGACAAGGCCAAGGACCCCUUCCCGCCCUACUCCAUUGAUAACCCCGGCCAGGCCAACAUUACCAAGGAGAUCGUGCGCAUCAUGCUGUACGACCAGCUGCACGUGGGCGCCGUACUCAACUGGAUCAAGGGCCUGACCCACGACGGCAGCGCCGCCCUCUCGGCCGUGCCAGCCAUCUUUGGCUCCUCCUUCCAGUCGCUGAAUGUGGCCCAGAAGUACAACAGCGCCAUCAACCCCGCGCUGACGGGCGGCUACCUGGCGGAUGCACGCAGCUUCGGCCCUGCCAUGACCGCCGCCAUGCAAAUGCUGGACGACACACUCGGCAAGUUCGUGGCGGCGAUCAAGGUACGAAGUCAGGGUCGCGGCGUGACUGUGUUUGAUGAGGAGGAACUUGGACGCGAGGGAGAUUUCGCGGCGGAGGGCUGUGAUGGCGGUUGUGGUGUGGACGGCGUGCUGAACUAGUUUACGGCAUGUGCUGUGUGCGGACUGUGUGGGGCAUCCGAGUGUUUUGAGGAGGGCAUGAAGGUGGGGUGUGACCGUGCCAGUAUGGCCAAGGCUAAUUAUAGUGUCUGGGCUGUACAUCACGUCCCAGCCUGCGUCGCGGAGAGCGGCCACGAGGUCUUCGUGUUGUUGCAGUUUCUCUGCGCGUUUGUCCGGGUGGUUUAGGUCCGAGCAGUAUCCGACUUCUAUGACGUAGACCUUAUGGGCGCUCCUUUGUCGGCGUGUGCGGGGUGCACGGGCUGGCAGUCCGGACAUGUGCAUCCGGAGUGUGGGAAUGACCAGCAGGUCUGGACGGAACUUCUUACGCACGCUCUCUGGCGUGCUGGGGAGCAUCCACGCAGGGAUGCGGGUUCCCCCGCUGUAAGUGGGGGCAUCCUUACCGGCGUCCAUGUACAUAACGCAGCCUCCAUAGUGGCCCUGACUUAUUGCUUUCGCUAUCCGCUGGACAGCGCGGUUGUGACGCGCAAUGUAGGCUGCUUUCAUGCGUGGGUGGGUGCAGCCGCCCAGGGUGUGCGUGCCACCGUCGUCGCCGCGGCACAGGGGGCAUUCGCCGCCUGCGCAGCCGGGCAUGGGGUGUUUUACUCUUGCGGCCCGCUUGGCAUUCCAGGAGAGGCCCCAGCGGUAUUUGAACGCGCAGCGGGCCUCUUCAAAUGAGAACUUGUCGAACAGGUUUAGGCCGUAGCGUUCGUCGAUGUGCUUCCUCGCUGCCUCCCAUAGUUCCGCGUACAGUCCUGAUUUGGUAUAACCGGUCGCGGUGGAUUUACGGGCCAUUUUCUUCAGGUCGCGAUUGAGGUCGUUGGCGUAGCGCAACCGUUCUUCCAAAUUGCCAUUGUGCUCCACAAUUUCCUUCUGGGCAAUCCAUCCCUCUAAGGGUUCAUAUGGGUGCGAGUAUAGAGUUUCUGUCGCAUCCGGCUGCACUGUUCUGGUGGCCACAGCCUGUGCCGCUUCAUCCGCUUUCUGAUUUCCUACGCAUGUGUCUGUCUGGUGCGAACGUACGUGAUAAAAUGAUGUCUUGUGUCCAGCUAGGGCACGUUCCGCAAGUUGGUCGACUAUGGUCCCAAACAUCUCGCGGUGCUUGCUUACGUGGAGUGACUCGGGCUCCAUAAUGGCGCGACGGAGGAUGAACAGACUGACAAGACUGUCGGUGUAGACCCGCAGGUGAGGUGUGUCGCGAUGGAGGCGGAGCGCCGUGCGUAUGGCGGAUGAUUCACACCGAAGGAUGGUGCUCAGGGGUGUGUUGAAGGCGAUGUCUUCAUCAAUGUGCGUGGCGCGGUUGUCGCUGGCGUCCCAGACCGCCGCUCCCAGGCCCGUGUACUCUCGUGUGUGUGGUACUUUGCUCCCGUCGGUAAAGACCGCGGAGCCUCGUGUGUGUGCGAGCGGGACAUAAGCGCGGUAGAGGGUUGCAAGCUCCGUAGGGGAUGGUAGAGUGGGGGCAUCGCGAGGGGGCUGGGGCUGGGGCGUCUGGCUGCUCUGGGCGAGGAUGCGCCGUUUUAACUUCCGGGGGGUUGGGGGCCACGGGUUGGGUGUGUCUGGGUCCGUGGGGGGUUUACGGGUAGCUAGGUGCGGGGUGUGCCCGAGCGCGUCCGCUAGGGCGAGUGCAAGCCCACUCUCCAGGGCCUGAUUGAGGAGGAGGCGGCCCCUUUCGUUUGUCACGCACAGGAGGUGGAGUCCACGUCGGUGAGCGGGGAGCUCCUGCGGCUGGCCUAGGCCUAGGCCUGCCCAGGCGUGCGCCGGUUUGAUGUGCCCCAGGUCGUGGACCAGUGGGUGCUGGAGCCAGGCUGUGUAGCCGCUGGUGUCGCCAUACGGGACCACCACGACGGACAGGUGCGGUGUGUGCGGUGUUGCCGCCUCGGCGCUGGCGACCGCCCACGCCAUGGCCAGGCUGGUGUGCUCGGGUUGUGGGGGUGGGUGAACGAAGGAGAUUCCAUCUAGCGUGCGGCUGUAGCAGUCGUGGGCGGCCCCGAACUCGGAAUCUUGCGGGUGGGUAGUGUAGUAUGCUGGGAUGUCGCAGUGGGCGUUGAGGGGAGAUGCGAAUGCCUCCGUCUGGAACUUGAUAUGGGACGUGAGCGUGGACAUCAGGUCGGGGCAGAGGGUUACCUCGUGCGCUGGGUUGGUGGAACUCUCCUUGUGGCGUUUGCUGGGGCGGUACCGUAUAAUCAGGGAGGCCAGAGCGGCAGCAAACCUUUCCGGGGGGUGAGUGGGGUUAAGGGUCCUGUACCGGGCGUGGAGUAGGGCAAGUCGGGCAGCGCUAACGGUUCCUAUGCAGCGUCCGUCCGGGCCGUAGACCCUGGCGGGGGGGUCGGGGUCUUGGGGGAGGCCGGACGGCGUGCCUGUGGCGCUGCCCGGCUCACGUGUGCCCAUUUGAAUACAGUAUUGACCUGU